UUGUUUGUAGUAAAGAACGAGAUAAAAGUAACAGAAGAUGACAUUGCAAUUCGGAACGAGAAGGGUAAUCGUGCGUACUUCAUCAAAGCACCAGGCAACUAUUCGUUGCACUUCAAAAGGAUCGUAGUUACCAAAGAUUUUGGCAUCCGUUUCGAUUUGCCGUAUACAAUGAUACCAGAAACUGGACUUCUGGACCAGAAAUGUGACGAAUACAGUGGCAUCGUGCAACGUGCUGGACGGCACCGCUACUGUGACAUUUGCGGGUUGACAGAGAAGCUGGAAAAUGGACUCAAUGAAGAAGGGCAUUUAUUUUUGCCCGAAAUAGCACGGGGCAACGAAAAGAAAUUUGCACCGGUUUGCAAUCGAAUUUCAUCGGACACUUAUGAAUUCAAGCGUACGAUAAAUUUGCCUGGUCGGCGGGAACUUGAGGCUCGAGUUAGCGAAAAAGUCCAGGGACUGGAUGGGGAAAUUCGACAGCGUCUGAACAAACGGCGCGGUCGGUUCCAGGUAUUUUUAAAUUUAAUUAGCGCAAAGCAACCGCCGAUCAAGCAGGACGCGUGGUUCGCAGCGUCUGCCGAUUGCAGAUGCUGCUCGAGAGAACGAGACGCUUCCUGCCGUGGUGUGCUUAGCUUCUUGUACUGCAACAGCGAAGACUGCAAAAGCACAUGGGCGCAGCAAUGCUUGCAUAAUUCAGCACGUAUCGCAGCAUGUUACACGGUGGAAUUCAACUAUCGCAUGACAACUUCAUAUACUGUAGUGACACAGUUCCUCAGAGAUAACAAUUAUCCGGAUCAGGAGCGAUUCGCUGCACCACCGACCACUGCAUCGCCACAUCAACCCGCGAUCGAUGAAGAUGAUCAUGGCAGUCUUCCAUUAGCAGAAAGAUGUGUGACAAGAAUGCCGGAAAGGUUGAGUAACCUCCGUCGCUAUUGUACAAUAUUCUGGAAUGACAAGCUCUGCUGCUCACACUGUCCCGGGACAUGCUAACG